CCCAAAAGUGAGCCUUGUGGCCAGAAUGAUAACUGCUUAUCCAGGUCUGGUGUCUUGUGAUGAGGUAACAUAUCUAAGAUCCAUGCUUCCUGCUUACAACUUCAAGAAACUCCCCGAGAAAAUGAUGAAAAACAUCUCCAACCCUGGGAAGACGUAUGAAUAUCUUGGCCAUAGAAGAUGUAUCAUGUUUGGGAAGAGACAUUUGAUCAGAGUGAGAAAUAAAAAUCACCCUUUGUUAGACCGGGAGAAAGAACUAGAAGCCUUCCAAAAGACACAGCAGGGAUGUUUGCACCAGAAGAAGGGACAAGCAGUUCUGUAUGAAGGUGGAAAGGGCUAUGGAAAAAGUCAGCUGUUGGCUGAAAUAAACUUGCUGGCCCAGAAAGAAGAGCACAGGGUGUUGUCAUUGAAGCUGAAGGAAGCAGAUUCCAAGCAACACUUCUAUGCCAUCCAGACCCUCAUGGCCAUCUUCUUUGAAAUUGAUACAUGCCCAGCCUUUUACCGGCAAGAGUGCCUACAUAAACAGCUUUGUGGGAAAGUGGAGGAACCACUUCACUGCCUUUUUAAUGACCUCUUCUUUGUAAAGUUUCCCUUAUCCUUCAAAGUUUCACACAUGGAUGACCUGGCCAGACAAAAGAAGAUUAAAGAGUGUUUUUUUCAAGUGCUACAGGAGGCAGUGAGGGAAACACCACUGAUUUUCCUCAUUGACGAGGCCCAGCAUAUGGAUGCAGCUUCCUGGGAGUUUUUGGGAACAUUACUCUCCAGUGUGCCCGUCAUCAUGGCGAUGACAUUGAUGCCUACCUCCACCCUGUGUGGUGGAGCCCAGCACGUCCUGCAGAGCCCUCAGGCUAUGCUGAAGCCCAUUUCGAAGUUAGCAGCAAACUCACUAUUGAAAAUGGCAUGUUGGGAACUAGGGGCGGUGAGCAUCCCCCAAGAGCUGCAGAUCUACCUUCUUCGCAGGUGCUUGGGAAACCCCCUCUACUGUAAGGUUCUAUGUCGGGACCUUCUCUCUAAGGACAUAUUACUCUUUCAUGACCUACAAAAGGGAGAGGAGGAGAACAGCAAGUGGGAGACCCUUUCAGAUCUGCUGCAGCACCUGCUGCCUGGCUGGGGUAAACAGAAGCUACAGCAGGUGCUGAGGGCUCUUGUGGAUAUGCACGUGCUCCGCUGGUGCAGCCAGAGCCAGGAGCUUCCUGCAUGA